GUUUAUCUUUCGGUAGAUCAAGCGACCAAGUACGAAUAACAAACCCACCCUUCCGUUUUCAAGAACCCUAAAAAUAUAGAAAAAGAAGAAGAAUCACAUGUCUUUUAACACAUAAAACCCUAUAUAAAGUGAAAGAUAAAGGCACAACCCAGUAUCAGAAUCGAACUUAAGCAGUCACCACAGCAAAGGCCAGCAAAUCUCCAUCCCACAUAUUAUGGAUAUUAACUCCUACCAGAAAAAAGAAUGAGUAAGUAAAAUGGAAACUGCAGAUGAUGAAAAAAUCAUCACUUUACUAGAAAGACUCAAAACUAGUAGUGAGAAUAUCAAUGAGGAUGAACUGAUAUCUAUAUUGAGCGCAACAGUAAAAUCGUGUCAUGUUCCUUGCCGUGAUGCCCCAGAGGAUGUCCCUUAUGAUGCCACAGAGUUUGAAAAUGUGGCAAGGGAAGCGGAGAUGCACCUCUGCAUCCUUCUGCGACUCUUGGACUCCAUUCACAAGGCAAAGAAAGAGGGACAAAAGUUUUCACCACAGUUUUUAAAGGGUGUCAUUGUUGGCUGUGUGAGUGUAGCCUGUGAAUACCAGGACAGCAGCUGGGAAUGGAGUAACGAGCAGGCAGCUAUAACUUCCAGAGAUAUCUUGAACAAGUUGUGUGAUAUUUGUGAGUGUGACAACUUGCAGAUAUUACUUACCGGAAGACAAGUUGCAGAAGACAGCAAGGAAGAUGUAGAUGUCAAAAGGAAAGAAACAGAUAAUGAGGACUUUAAAGGUUAUAUGAAAUUUGUGCUGGAAAAACUCUCAGAAUCAUUGAAAAAGACAACCUGGAAAUCCUACCCAGCUGUGAAGAUGGUGUAUCUGCACAUGUUGGAACUUCUUGAUCACAGGACCAUUGGCAAACACCUGCCGUACCUACUUCCACCAGCACUUUUCAUCACAGAUGACUGGGAGAAGAGCAAUAAGGCCCUUGGUCUCUCAGCUCUCCGCCAUAUUCUAACCAAAACUCCUAGCUCGGAACUUCGGUUUUAUGGACGUGCUGCAGUUAUUUUCGAUGCCCUGAAACCUCACCUCUAUGCUAGGGAUGUUGAGGUCUUGGAUAAGCUGUAUCCUACCAUCUUAGAAGCAGCCAAGAUCUUAGAGGCAGAUCCUUCCCUUGCAGGAAAGCUGAGGAGUCAAACUCAAUAUGAGGUUAUCCUGGAGCAGUUGCUAAGAGAAAUGUAUGGAGAGCAGAAACUGGCACUGCGUUCACUCUACUCUCGAACACUUCCGGAGGUGAUAGCAGCUAUGGGGAUAGUUGCAUUGAGAUGGUCACAGGAUCUGAUGGAGAUUUUUGAAGAUUAUUUGGCAACUUAUGAUGGACAGAAUGCAGAAGACAGAAUCCGUAUCUUGAAGGGCAUUAAAAGGUAUGUGCUAGAGUGCUGGCCACAAGUCCACGUGAGUAUUCCAGACAUUACAAAGAUGCUAGUACGUCUGGUUUAUGACAUCACACAUGAAGACUCUGAUGUGGAGCCAAAGGCAGUAAACAUAAUCAGUCAAGAAAUCGAAAUCAUUGUGCAGUUGCUGUGUGAUGCAGCUCCACAGACCAUGCUGAAGGCUUGUCAUGGCAUCACCACAGUUCCAUGUCAUGACAAGUGCAGGUCAGUUCUGGAGAGAAUUUCGGCCAUUGUGGAAUCCAAAGAAAUAAAGUGAAAAAUGUUA